AUUAUGGUAACAUGAUUAUAUACUUUUUUUGUUUCGAUCUAACUGUUGAAGAAUAUUUCAUUUGCACAUGUUGUGAUAUAUCAUUAAAUCUAUUUUGUCAUUCGAUAAUACAGGAGAUUUGACAAUGUACGUUGUGAUGUAUAGACAUCAGUUUAAGUUUAACGAGUUUUAGUGUGUUUGGUUUCAUUAGGCUAAGUUUCGGUAAAAUUUUAGGUAGAAUUUGGUCUAAAUUUUUAUCAGCUGAAUCAUAUUAUCUUUCGGUUUAUUAAAGUUUUUCUAUUUGUUUAACAUUAUUAAUUGACAUUUAAUGCAUUUCGAAAAUAGAGAAAAAGGAAAAUGAAUAGUAACUGCAAAAAAGUUUGAAAAUACAGAUGAACCAUAUAUCCAAUUAAUUAAUUUUCUAAUAAUAAUAUUAAGCUUUCAUUAUAAAUACGUUUUUGCUUGCCCUAUUAAAUUUACACCAACGUCUCUCUCUUUCUCUCUUUCUCUUCGUUUUCUCUCUCACACCAUAGUCAUGGUUUCUGCCGAUUUUGCUCGCAAUACACUAGGUGUCAUCGGAAACGUCAUUUCAAUCAUUUUGUUCUUGUCGACAGUGCCAACAUUUUAUAGGAUAUGGAAAAACAAGUCAGUUCAAAGAUUUUCUCCGGUGCCAUAUCUUGUAACCUUUGUAAAUUGUGGGCUAUGGAUUUUCUAUGGCUUGCCAUUUGUGCACCCUCAUAGCUUAUUAGUCACAACCACAAAUGGGGCAGGAAUACUAAUCGAAUCGGUUUACUUGUUACUUUUUAUAAUCUAUUCAGAUCAUAAAAAUAGAAUUAAGGUUUUGUUGGUGUUGCUUUUUGAGAUUAUAUUUCUCGGGGUUUUGGUUGUACUGGUACUGACACUGGCGCACACCACAAAGCUUCGAUCAUCCAUCGUUGGUGGCAUUUGCAUUGCGGGUAACAUCAUGAUGUAUGCUUCUCCAUUAUCUGUAAUGAAAAUGGUGAUCACAACAAAAAGUGUCGAGUACAUGCCGUUUCUAUUAUCUCUAUUUUGUUUUGCAAAUGGCGUUUGUUGGUUCUCAUAUGCCCUCAUUCGUUUCGAUCCGUUUGUUGCUGUUCCUAAUGGGCUUGGGGCACUUUUUGGGCUUGCCCAACUAGUCUUAUAUGCAACAUAUUACAAGUCAACACAAGAAAUGAAAGCAAAAAGACAAGGCAAAGGGGAAUUAGUCCUUGGAAAUGGAAACGUAGCUACAUCUGCGGGGGCUAUCAAUGGUGAAGUAGAAAGGGUUUAGAAGAAUUUUUAGUACGUUUCUACCAUUGGAAUUAUCCAAGUAAAAGAUCGUAUUAGAAUGAGGUAUUAUAACUUUUGUAAUUCUAUAAGAAUUUAUCAUUUUUGGCUGUGAUUUUUUCCAAUGAAUGUUGAUGUAUUGGGUUAAAUGACAAAUUGAAGUAUUGGAAUGUUUUGAUGGAAUAUCAAGUUUUGGUGUGGUAUUACGAUGUUAC